AUGGAGUUGAGAGCAGCUGGACUGACUGCUCAGGCUCCCAGCACCCGCUCAGCAGCAUCGAUGGGGCUCCAGGCUCGGACACGUUGGCUCCAUGGGGACCUUGUCCUCCUGUCUGUGGCGAUGGCAAUGCUUCUGCUCUGCGUGACCCCAGCACAUGCUGCCAGCUUCCAGGGGUUCCCCGCAGACUGCAGCCACCUCACCAGCAGCAGCCCCAGUGGGGUGUACGUCAUCCAGCCGGCAGGGUCACCCCCACGCGUGGUGUGGUGUGACAUGGACACCGAAGGCAAGGGCUGGACCGUUGUCCAGAGAAACACUUACACCACCGAAAUCACGUGGAAGGAGUCCUGGACCACCUACAAGUACGGCUUCGGGAACGUGCAGGGCGAUCACUGGCUGGGCACCGAGUACCUGCCCCUGCUGACACAGCAGGGCACCUACAAGGUCCGCUUCAUCGUGCAGAAUAAGGCCAACGUCACCCAUUAUGCCGAGUAUGACAUCUUCAGCGUGGAGAGCGAGGCCAGCGGGUACCCACUGAGGCUGGGCCGGUUCCUGGGCAGCGGGGAUGACUAUCUGACCAGCUAUCACUCCAGGUACGGGGGCAUACAUGACAACAUGAAGUUCAGCACGACCGACAGGGACCAGGACCAGUACAGCGGGAACUGUGCCAACAGCUACGGGGGCUGGUGGUACGACAAGUGCCAGAACGUCCUGCUCAAUGGCAAGAGGUACAUCUUCUGGCCAGAACUUGCUCAAGCGGCGACUGCACAUCCUCCCUCAUCCUGGUCAAACCCACAGAUGUGUGCUGACU